AUGAUUAAAAUUGCCUGUAGCGGUACACGUGAUACAGUACAAGAACGCAACAGGCUGUCCAUUCUGAUAACCGGAGAAUUUAAUUCCAAAUGUCGGAAGAGAAUCAAUCUGAUCUAGAAAGGCUAUUUGACAUAUCAACGAAUGACGAUGGUCUGUUAACAGUGCAAACCACUGUAGAUACAGGAUUUGAGUGGCAAGCGAUUGAUGAAUGUAAAGAUAAAAUAUCUCCUCAUCUCCGAGUGGUGAAAGAUCGAGGGAAAAUAUUCUUCAAUGUAAAUUUGAACGAUUUUUUUAAAGUGAAAAAAUUGAGAUCCGUUGAUAAUAUUUAUGUCAUCGCCAGUGUAAAUCAUUUUGUUUUCGACGCCGAGAAUAAAGACAGUAAUUUACAAACAUUCAAAGAGUCAGUAGGAAAUUGCAGUCAAUUGAAAAAAUGUUUGGACGCAUGGAAGGAAGUGACCGGCUUUCCUGGUAAAUUAUAUCCGACGAUAGACGAGUACCAGAGGGCUGUCGAGAUUUAUAAAGUGAAAAAAGAACAGAAUACGAUAAAUGUGGAUGAGAAAAAUGCUGGUACAAAGAGAAGAGGAUGUAAUCCAGCCUUUGGAAACGAAGAGGAUGUGCUUUCGUUCAGGGUUACAUGUGAAAGAACAGGAACCCACAACUUUGACUCCAGUCAAGUAGCUUAUGUUAUUGGCGGUGAAAUGCAAGAUCAAUACCAUUGGAUCGUGGAUUUAACGUCGUAUCAGCUGGAGGUUUUGUGUAAAAUCACACACGGUCAAAUGAUAAUGGGUCUACGAGUGACACCGGAGUCCCUUCACCGAAGAAAUAUAAAAUAUUUUGGGCCUACGACCCUUAGGGCCACUAUCGCGUAUAAUUUAUUGAGCCUGGCAGACCCGAAACCAGGGGAUAUAAUAGUUGAUCCAAUGUGCGGUGGAGGAUCGAUUCCCAUAGAAGGAGCUCUGGAAUUCAACCACUCAUUCAUCGUCGGCGGUGAUAAUCAUGAGAAAGCUGUCAAUAGAUCUAGAUUGAAUUUUGAAGCUCUCGAAGUACCCUGUAAAUCUGAUUUAAUGAGGUGGGACGUCACCCAAUUGCCAUUCAAAAACUCGUGCAUUGAUGCUUUCGUCACGGACAUGCCCUUCGGCAAGAGGAUGGGCUCGAUGACAGACAACAGGGUCCUCUAUAAGAAAUAUAUCCUCGAAUUGGCUCGAGUGACUAGACUAAAGCAUGGCCAGUUAGUUCUACUCACUUACGAUCGUCGAAGCAUGGCUGGAGCUUUACAAGUGGCAAAAAACGUUUUCAAACUUAAAAAAAUGCUUGGAGUUAGCAUGGGCGGACUCAACGCAGCUGUCUACGUCCUCAAACGAACAAACUUGACUUAUGAACAGUUUAAACAAUCGAGCGAUAAUUCGGGCAAGUCCUCUUAAUACGAUCGACGUAAUUAUAAAAUAAAAUAUGCAUUUUUU